GCCGACGACCACUUUGGAGACGCGCUUCCUCCUCCCCCAAUUCUUCCUCCGGUAAAGCGGACGCGGCGUCUCCCUCCGAUCUCUCCGGCUUCCCCGCUUCUCCUGCUUGCUCGCCGUCCUCCGAUCACCCGCCUCCUCCACGCGGGGGUCGAAGCCUAGGAGGUAUUAUCCACUCUACUCUACUAGCGCAAACCCCGAGGCGGCGCCGCCGGAAGUAGGCGGGGAGAUCUCCGGCGCCAUGUCGAUGGACUCGGACACCUCUUCUCAGGGCGGGGACCACCGGAGCUUCCGCCAGAUCACGCGAGACCGUUUAUUAUUUGAAAUGCUCAGAUCAACUAGGAAACAUUCAAAAUCAACAUGGAAGGUUCUUAUUAUGGAUAAACUUACUGUCAAGAUAAUGUCAUACUCAUGUAAGAUGGCAGAUAUUACAGAAGAAGGGGUUUCAUUGGUUGAAGAUUUGUACAAGCGCAGGCAGCCAUUACCUUCACUAGAUGCUAUAUAUUUCAUUCAACCAACUAAAGAAAACAUCGUGAUGUUCCUCAAUGACAUGUCCGGAAGAAAUCCGUUAUACAAGAAGGCAUAUGUGUUUUUUAGUUCUCCGAUACAGAAGGAAUUAGUUGCUCAAAUAAAAAAAGAUUCAAGUGUACUACCCCGUAUUGGUGCACUUAGUGAGAUGAAUUUGGAGUACUUUGCUAUUGAUUCCCAGGGCUUCACUACCGACCAUGAAAGGGCAUUGGAGGAGCUUUUUAGUGAAAAUGCAUUGGAUUCACACAAGUACAAUGCUUGUUUGAACACAAUGGCUACUCGCAUAUCUACAGUGUUUGCAUCAAUGAGGGAAUUCCCCAGAGUGCACUACCGUGUUGCCAAGACAAUUGAUGCUUCUGUAAUGACAACACUACGAGAUUUAGUGCCAACAAAGCUUGCUGCUUCUGUUUGGAAUUCCCUUUCAAAAUAUAAAACAUCAAUACCAGAUUAUCCUCAAACAGAGACAUGUGAGCUACUUAUAGUUGAUCGUUCAGUAGACCAGAUUGCUCCAAUUAUUCAUGAAUGGACAUAUGAUGCAAUGUGCCAUGAUCUUCUAUCUAUGGAUGGCAACAAGUAUGUCCAUGAGGUUCCAAGUAAAAACGGUUCAUCAACUGAAAAGAAGGAUGUCCUAUUGGAGGAUCAUGAUCCAAUAUGGGUUGAGCUCCGGCACGUACAUAUAGCAGAUGCAAGCGAAAGACUGCACGAUAAGAUGAGCAAUUUUGUGUCGAAGAAUAAAGCUGCUCAAUUGCACCAGGCAAGAACUGAGGGAGAGAUAUCUAAUAGAGAUUUGCAAAAACUGGUACAAGCUCUUCCACAGUACAGCGAUCAAAUUGAGAAGCUUUCUUUGCAUGUUGAGAUUGCACGUAAACUGAAUAGCAUAAUAAGGGAGCAAGGUCUUCGAGAUGUUGGACAGCUAGAACAAGAUCUUGUAUUUGGUGAUGCUGGAACUAAAGAAUUAAUCAACUUUUUGAGGACCCAAUCGGGUGUAAGUCGUGAAAGCAAGUUGCGUUUGCUGAUGAUCUAUGCAGCAAUCAACCCAGAGAAGUUUGAAAGUGAUAAGGGUGAAAAGUUGAUGCAGUUGGCAGGAUUAUCCACUGAUGACAUGAUAGCUGUAAGUAAUAUGCGUUGCUUAUGUGGGCCUGAAAUCAAAAAGUCUUCGGCAGGAGGUUUUACACUUAAAUUCGAUGUUCACAAGAAGAAGCAUGGACUUAGAAAGGAGCGGACUGGGGAAGAAUCUACAUGGACACUUUCCCGAUUUUAUCCUGUUCUCGAGGACUUGAUCGAGAAGCUCAGCAAGGGAGAAUUACCAAAAGAUGAAUACUAUUGCAUGAAUGACCCUAGUCCAAGUUUCCAUGGGCUGCCAAUGAGCAGCUCAGUCAGAACUAGCCCAGCUCACCAGCCAGCUCAUUCGAUGAGAUCCAGACGGACAGGUGGUACAUGGGCUAGGCCACGUGGCUCUGAUGAUGGAUAUUCAAGUGAUUCUGUGCUGAAGCAUUCGUCCAGUGACUUCAAAAAGCUUGGUCAGCGUAUAUUUGUGUUCAUCAUUGGUGGUGCCACUCGGUCGGAGUUACGGGCAGUUCACAAGCUUACAUCCAAGCUAAAGCGUGAGGUCAUACUUGGUUCAUCAAGUCUGGAUGAUCCUCCCCAGUUCAUCACGAAACUGAAGAUGAUGUCAUUGUCAGCCGAUGAACUGUCGUUGGAUGAUCUUCAAAUAUAAACAGCAACACAUCCUGAUUCCUAUCACCAAAUCUGUGUUGCCUCCCCCACUGUGCUUUGAUAAAAAAAAGAAAAAAACAGCAACACAUCACACAUGAAAUUAUGCGGCCCCAUCUAGAUUUUCUCCUAUUGUAGCUAUUCUUUCCUGUGAUCCUUAGGUCUAGUUAUGCAGGGGAUGUUAUCUAUACCGCAGGUUGUCCAUAUGUGGGGCUGCAUCAUAUUCAUUUGUUAGGGAGUGUACGGUCAAAUUCGGUUAUUCUUAACUGAAAGAAUGUACAGAACAAUGGCAAGCAAUUGUAACUAUGUAAUGAUUUUCUUGAUCGGGCCAAUGAUCUAUUGGUUGCCGUCUCCACGGAAUGAAAUGUUGCCUUCGUAAAAUUA